CGGUGUCCGUCAGCGGAGCGGGAGAUGGCCGAAGUGGGGCAGCUGUCGCCCGCCGCGGUGCCCGAGGGAUCGCCCGGCCCCGGGCCCCGGAGGACCCGCGGCGGGAGCGAGGGGUCGCGGCCGCCGGCCGGCGAUACGUGGGAGCUGCUGGAAGAGGUGGAGAUGCAGAUCGGCGACGCCGCCUUCUCCCUGGCGAAGAUCCUGGAGGCGACGUCGGCCGUGUCGGCCCAGGUGGAGGAGCUCGCCACCAAGUGCUCGGAGAACGCCCGGUUCCUCAGAACAUGGCGGGACCUGCUGAGGGAGGGCUACGAGUCCCUGAAGCCCAGCGGCUGACCCUGCCCCGCGGCGGCUCCCCCCGGGUCACUCUGGGCUGCCCGCUUGUAUCGGACUGGAAUGCGGUUCUUCUUUUUAAACGACUUUUUUUUUAGGGAUUUCACGUGAAUUUUUUGUUUUCCCUCAGCAGCUCCCCGUGAGCCCGGAGUUCUUUCAGAAAUACUUCAUGAUUCGUGUGGAUGUUGUAUGUAAGUCACAGACUAAAAGAACUUUGUUUAGGGAAUCAGUUUUUGACUUUAGACUCUUCUGUUGCAGCUCAAGCGAUCUCGUACGUGAAAUAUUCUCCCUUUUUUUUUUCUUUCUUUGCUGAUGUGGUGGAUGCAAAGUUAGUAUGUGUGGUAUGUCCAGAACUAAUUACUGGUGGAGAAGUGGUGUCCUGCGAGGAGGUAUUGUCAGCCCUCCUUUUUAAGAGCUGUCACCAGCACAAACCCUGCCAACUCCAGAGAAACUUGCUGAUCUGACUUCAGUUUGUCUAUGCAUGCUUUUUCUCUGUGUUGAGGAUGGGAUUGUAUGGCAAGUUGUGGCUUAUUUAUGAGCUUUAGAUAAGUCCCAUAUCCCAAACCUUACUAUUUUUAGCAAUAUUGCAAUAUAUUUCUAUAAAUUUUGCAAAAUUUUACAAUAUCUUUUGUUGUAAUAAAGUGCCUUAUGAUGGACCAUAUAUCUCUGAAUGGUAGAAGUUUAAUAGCAUUGUUUACUGAUCGGAUGAAUUAUUUUGAACUAUAAGUAAAAGCUUCCAUCAGUUAGAAUCUAUGAAAUGUAUUCUCCCAUGUUUUGGGAGGCACAUUAGAGCUUUUUCACUAUUAGGUCCUAUUUUAUAUCUUUGCCUUCAGCAAUUAUUAGUUAUUUAGUCCAGAGCUUUUUGUCUGAAAGAUCACUAAUCUGUAAUAAGUAGCUGUACUGAAACUCCUGUACCUUUACCAGAGCAAUGUGAAAAAAGUAAUGCUGAAAUGCAAUGGGAGGCUGUGGGAGAACAUGGCUGUACCAUGAUUUAUUAGUCGGCCUUAUUUUUACUGGUAGAAGGACUUUUUAAAAGACAAACUGUAGUUUUCUUAUCAAAACAAUAAAGGUGUUACAAAAAAUUCUGAAA